AUGGCUGGUCAACUAACCCAAAGAGGAGCUCUAUCUCUCCUGCUCUUCCUCACUCCAGCAGUGACACCAACAUGGUAUGCAGGUUCGGGCUACUACCCAGAUGAAAGCUACAAUGAAGUAUAUGCUGAAGAGGUCCCCCGGGCCCCUGCCCUAGACUACCGAGUCCCCCGAUGGUGUUAUACAUUAAAUAUCCAGGAUGGAGAAGCCACAUGCUACUCUCCGAGGGGAGGAAAUUAUCACAGCAGCCUGGGUACUCGUUGUGAGCUCUCCUGUGACCGGGGCUUUCGACUGAUCGGACGAAGGUCGGUGCAAUGCCUGCCCAGCCGCCGUUGGUCUGGAACUGCCUACUGCAGGCAGAUGCGAUGCCAUGCGCUGCCAUUCAUCACUAGUGGUACUUACACCUGCACAAACGGGGUGCUCCUUGACUCCCGUUGUGACUACAGCUGUGCCAGUGGCUACCACUUGGAAGGUGACCGCAGCCGAAUCUGCAUGGAAGAUGGCCGAUGGAGCGGAGGCGAGCCCGUGUGUGUAGACAUAGAUCCCCCCAAGAUCCGUUGUCCCCACUCCCGUGAGAAGAUGGCAGAGCCGGAGAAACUGACCGCUCGAGUAUAUUGGGACCCACCCUUGGUGAAAGACUCUGCCGAUGGGACUAUCACCAGGGUGACACUUCGGGGCCCUGAGCCUGGCUCUCACUUUCCCGAAGGAGAGCAUGUGAUUCGUUACACUGCCUACGAUCGAGCCUAUAACCGAGCCAGCUGCAAGUUCAUUGUGAAAGUACAAGUGAGACGCUGCCCACUGCUAAAACCGCCACAGCAUGGCUACCUCACCUGCACCUCGGCAGGGGACAACUAUGGUGCCACCUGUGAAUACCACUGUGACGGAGGUUAUGAACGCCAAGGAACCCCCUCCCGGGUCUGCCAGUCCAGCCGCCAGUGGUCAGGAUCACCACCCAUCUGUGCCCCUAUGAAGAUUAAUGUCAAUGUCAACUCUGCCGCUGGCCUUCUGGAUCAGUUCUAUGAGAAACAGCGACUCCUCAUCAUCUCAGCUCCUGAUCCCUCCAACCGAUAUUAUAAAAUGCAGAUCUCUAUGCUGCAGCAAUGCACCUGUGGACUGGACCUGCGUCACGUGACCAUCAUUGAACUGGUGGGGCAGCCACCUCAGGAGGUGGGGCGCAUCCGGGAGCAACAGCUAUCAGCCAACAUCAUCGAGGAGCUCAGGCAAUUUCAGCGUCUCACUCCUUCCUACUUCAACAUGGUAUUGAUUGACAAGCAGGGAAUUGACCGGGAACGCUACAUGGAACCUGUCACCCCUGAGGAGAUCUUCACAUUCAUUGAUGACUACCUACUGAGCAACCAGGAGCUGAUCCAGCGCCGGGAGCAAAGGGACAUGUGCGAGUGA